AUGGCUGAUGAAAAGCCCAAGGAAAGAAUCAAGACGGAGAACAAUGAUUGUAUUAAUUUGAAGGUGACAGGGCAGGAUGGUUCCGUGGUGCAGUUUAAUAUUAACAGGCAUACACCAUUUAGUAAAAUAAUGAAAGCCUACUGUGAACGACAGGGUUUGUCAAUGAGGCAGAUCAGGUUCCGAUUUGAUGGGCAGCCAAUCAAUGAAACAGACACACCUGCACAGUUGGAGGUGUAG